UGGAUUCCUCGUAAGCAGGCUCCAAAGUCAGUGGACGCAACCAAUAGUAAACUCAAGCAUCCUUUUCCUUCUACAUAGAAAGACUUGAAAUUCUUCACAACAAGGCAUUAACAACUCAAACUUGCGCGCCAAUCUCUCCCCCUAAACGCGGAUUCGCAUGUGGGUUUUGCAAUCUUCAUACCUUCUUACAUGUCAAACAACAAGUUAGCUCUGAGACUCGACGGCAGUGAAGCAAAUUUUGGGCCUUUGGAAUUUGCUGGUCAUCGCUGUCGCCUUCCAACUUGAAAGUUUAUACUGUUUUCUUAUAACUUUCACUUUCAGAAAAUCAACCACUUGUACGGAUUUUUGCGUAUAAUAACCAAUUGGCAAUUAACUGGAAGCCCAAUAUCUCAUACAUACAGAGACUAAAGUGAUAGAAAAAGGAUCCCGUUAUCCUGAAAUCUUACCAAAAUGGAGGUUUCGAAUGGAGCAGAAGAAGCUUCUGGAAAGAAGUUUGCACUUCCGGUGGACUCCGAGCACAAGUCGACCGAGUUCAGACUAUUCUCGGUGGCAGCGCCUCACAUGCGGGCGUUUCAUCUAUCGUGGAUUUCCUUCUUCGCGUGCUUCGUCUCCACGUUUGCUGCUCCGCCUCUGCUGCCAGUGAUCCGCGACAAUCUUGGCCUAACUGCAACCGACAUUGGGAAUGCCGGAAUAGCCGCUGUCUCCGGUGCGGUGUUUGCGAGGAUUGCCAUGGGGACAGCCUGUGAUCUGUUCGGGCCUCGCCUUGCCUCUGCGGCUCUCACCCUCCUCACCGCGCCAGCAGUCUACUGCACUGCCAUCGCCACCUCUCCCGCCUCCUUCCUCCUCGUCCGCUUCUUCACUGGCUUCUCCCUAGCAACCUUCGUGUCAACGCAGUUCUGGAUGAGCUCGUUGUUCUCGUCCAAGGUUGUUGGCACGGCCAAUGGCGUGGCGGGCGGGUGGGGGAACCUCGGUGGUGGAGCAACUCAGCUCAUCAUGCCCCUAGUGUUUGACUUGAUCAAGCACGUGGGCUCGAGUCAGUACACAGCGUGGAGGAUUGCCUUCUUCGUCCCCGGUCUCUUCCAAACUCUAUCUGCAUAUGGAAUUUUCUUUCUAGGUCAAGAUUUGCCUGAUGGAAACUACUCUCAGCUUCAGAAAUCCGGAGAUAAGCACAAAGACAGUUUCAAGCAGGUUUUGUAUCAUGCAGUCACAAAUUACAGAGGAUGGAUCCUGGCAUUGACCUAUGGCUACUGCUUCGGUGUUGAGCUAACAAUAGACAACAUAAUCGCGCAGUACUUCUACGACAGGUUCAACGUGAGCCUCCACACCGCUGGGAUCAUUGCAGCCAGCUUCGGAUUAGCAAACCUCUUCUCCAGACCGGGAGGAGGGAUCCUCUCAGAUAUCAUGGCAAACAGGUUCGGAAUGAGGGGCCGGCUCUGGACUCUUUGGAUCGUGCAGACGUUAGGAGGCGUCUUCUGCAUUCUUUUGGGGAAAGUAGGAUCUCUGGCGGUAUCAAUAGCCGUCAUGCUCAUAUUCUCUGUGUUCGUUCAAGCAGCGUGUGGCCUCACCUUCGGGGUUGCACCUUUUGUUUCAAGAAGGUCACUAGGCUUUAUAUCAGGGAUGACAGGUGGUGGUGGAAACGUAGGCGCGGUUCUAACUCAAGUCAUCUUCUUUAGAGGGUCACAUUACUCAACAGAAACAGGUAUAACAUUGAUGGGGGUGAUGAUAGUGUGCUGCACCCUGGUGAUUAUGUUGAUACACUUCCCACAAUGGGGUGGGAUGUUGUGUGGGCCGUCUUCAAAAGGCGCCACGGAGGAAGAUUACUACUUGUCCGAAUGGAGUGCAGCCGAGAAGGAGCGGGGUUUCCACACCGCCAGCUUGAAAUUCUCGGAAAACAGCAGAAAUGAAAGGGGCAAACGGGUCGAACCAGCGCCUACACCAACUAUUGGCACUCCCAAUGCAUAUGUCUAACACAAACCACUUGUGCUAUAUGCAUUGCCGUGCUGUGUGAUUUUACUCUAGGCUAAACUGUCAUGCUUGGUCUUUCUACUAUGUGUUGUGUGUGUAUCACAUACUGUCAAGUUUCAAUGCUAUAAAGAGUUGCACAUUGGCAUUA